CUGACCACUGUAGCUGUGAUCAAAUUGGGUUGUUGCUGUUUCCCUUCAUCUCUAAGGCUUCUUGCUACACUAUUUUGAAUUUUCUUCGACAAAACAACCAAAAAUCAUUUGUUUCCAUUGGAAUAUUGAUUCCACAACCCAAUUUACGCUUCAAUUUUUCUCCACUGUUUCAGCUUCGAUUUGGAAGGGCUGAAAGCGAUGCAGAAAAUGGCGCAGGGAUGGUUCACACAGGGCGGAGGUAGUGGGAGUGAUAAUCAGCUCAAAACUUCCUCUUCGCUGCUGGCCGAUUGGAACUCCUACGCCGCGGAAUCACAAGCUGCUGAGGAUAGCACCUCCAGUUUGGGAAUUGGAUUCGAUCUCGAAAGUGCUGUUAGGUCCGCUAAUGAUACCGUUUCAGGAACUUUCAGCGUGGUUUCUAAAGGAGUGAGAGAACUUCCCGGAAACUUCCAGUCUGCCACUAGUAAUGUUCCAUCAGGAAAAGCCCUGAUGUAUUUUGGUUUGUUUCUAGCAACUGGGGUUUUCUUUAUCUUCAUCGCAUUUACCAUGUUCCUCCCUGUCAUGGUUCUGAUGCCUCAAAAGUUUGCCAUCUGCUUCACCCUUGGAUGCAGCUUCAUCAUUGUCUCCUUCUUUGCCCUCAAGGGUCCAAAGAAUCAGCUGGCCCAUAUGUUCUCAAAAGAGAGACUUCCUUUUACGGCGAUCUUUAUCGGUAGCAUGUUGGGCACCUUAUACGUCUCCAUGGGGCUCCACAGCUAUGUUCUCUCAGUUAUCUUCUCCGUAAUACAGGUUCUUGCACUUUCAUACUAUGCUGUUUCAUAUUUCCCUGGUGGGUCUACUGGGAUGAAGUUUCUGUCAUCCGCUCUAACGUCUUCAGUAAUGAAGUGUUUCGGUAGGUGAUCUCGACCCCGGUGUGGCUUACAGUAGGUGCACUGCACAUUUCUCUCCUGAUUAGAGAUCUAUGUUAAUGUGCUUUAAUUUUGGAAAUGUUUCUGGUUGCUUGUUCCCUUCCCCAUCAUCAUCCAUAUUGACUGAGCAAUUCUGCUGGUGUAGAGAGGGAUAAAUUAACAAAGUUGUGAAGGCUUUGGCAUUAAUUUUUGUUGUUA